GUCCUUUCUCUUUUGAUUUGAAAAUGAAAGUCACUAGUGUAAAUGAAGAAAUCAUUUUUUUUUAAUUCAGUAUGUAUAUUCAAUUUUGAAAAUACUUCUUUAUUUUGAGAAACCACUUUUCAGUUGACAUUGAAAUUUAUUAAACAUUAAAAUGGUUGUUUGUUAGGCUAAAUAAAGUAUAACUAAUUAAAUAAGGCAAGGCCAAAAAAUUCACCAACUCCAACCAAUCACAGAAAUCUAGAUUUUGUCAUGUGUUGUGUUUAAAAUUUAAGGUAAUCUACCACUUAAGCGUCGGCCAAAAAAAAAUCCAGUUGUUCCGGUUGGAAGGGCUAUUGUAACAACUAUUCUUACAUUGGAGUCUGUUAAUAUUUUUGCUUCGGUAUGGAGGCUAUAAUGCUAUAAAGUAUAAAGUUAUAUAGCACAUUGCUAAUAGUACUAUACAUUUAAAUAAUUAAAUAAUAAAUAGGAAAAAAAAAGAGACUACUUUUAUUUUUUUUUAUCCAGAUAACGCGGAUGUCCACACACAGAAUGUGGAAAACGUGAAUGCUCAGAAAGCGUAAACUGAAAAGACAGUUUGGCACAAGAAGCGCCAGUGAUCUUUCCCCUUCAUAUUUACGUGGAUUCAUGUACCACAACAGUUUUCGUGGAAAUUUUAUUUUUUGAAACUUCAUUGUCAACUUGGGGGAGAACUAGACAUUAUCUUCUAUUACAAAAAAAUUGUUAUAGUUUUUCUAUUAAAAAAAACGAAGUGUCUACAUGUCCGGCACGCCGGACAAAUAUCGUGGGAGAUAUACGUCCGGCUAGCAUGUCAAGUGACUGCUGGACGUGAAGUGUCUACGUGUCCGGCGCGCUGGACAAAUAGUGUGGGAAAUAUACAUCCGGCGAGCAUGUCACGUGACUGCCGGACGACUAGUAGGCGUUAUUAUUCCGAAGGAAGUGUCUACUAAGAAGAUCUUGUGUAGUCAUGUGGUAGAGUGGCCGCUUGAUGAUAUUAUAUUUGUGGAUCGAUUCCCCGCAUGGGAACCCUUUUUUUUCCCCAUUUUAAUUAAUAUUGUAUAUUAUAUUUAUAUUAUCAUGUUUAUCAGCAACAGUAGUUUUAUGAGAAGUUUUAAAAUAUUUUGUAGCAAUUAAAACAAUUUAAAAUGUUUACUUUACAAUUUAAAAUCUUUUACUUUUAUUGGUUGCCUACUCCAUACUAAAUACUGGCCCCUAAUUAUAUCAUGGGUUACUGGUGCCCAAACUUAAAUAACAAACUAAACAAAAAUGUUUACAAGCCACUUUCACUUCAGUUUUUUUCUAUUAUUUGCAUGCAAGGUGUACAUUACUUGGUAGAGAAAUAGGUUUUAAAAUUAACAAUAGUUUUGAAUCAUUCGUGAGCACGUGACAAGGCUGAUGGACAAAAUAUCUCUUGCCACUUUGUUACGGCGGUCAUGUGACUUGGUCGCCGGACAAAUAGUGCGGGAGAUAUACAUCCGGCGUGCCGGACGUAUAGACACUGCCUAAAAAAAGAUUGUCUUUUAUUAUGGGAAUGAAUACGUACAACCAAUGUCAUUAAAAAUAAUAUAAGAAUAGUUGUUUAAAUAGCCCUUCCAACCGGAAAAGCUGGAUUUUUUCUUGGCCGACGCUCAAGUGGUAGAUUACAAAAAUUUAAAUAUUCUGUGUGCAGAUAUAUUGGUAUUCUUGCAGUUCAAGUGCGUAUAUUAUUUCUGACCAACUUUCGUAUUAUCGCGUGUAAUCUUACGUGUAUUCUUUUUACAAUUUAGUCCACACAGCAUUAGUUAGCCCUGCCCUAACAAUAAAUUGUACAGCAAUAACUUUUCGGUAAAUUUGGAGAGAUAGCACCGUGGUUUUUUUUGACGCCAUCUUGGUUACCUCAAACUUUAAGUGUUCACGGGUCGAGGCAACCAAGAUGGCGGCCGUGGAAAAAUAAAAUAAAUCACGUUUGCUAAAAUUAGGAAGAAAACGUUAAAAAUUAAUAAGAAAUGUCCUAAAUUGAUCCCUAAACCUGACCUGAACCCUAAAACUAGCCCUAAUACCACAAGUAAAAACACAUGGAAUUUACACACUGUGGGCCGCACAGUGACUGUGGGAAGAAAACUAUGAAAAAUGAACAAAAACAAUAAAAAUAUUAAAAAAGGGCCAAAAAUAAUAAUAAAAUAAAAAAAUAAUGAAAACCCAACUUACAGUUUCAUGAAAUACACUUUUACACACUUUAUUUCAGGUGCCGCCGAAAAUAAUAUACACAAAAUGAAUAAAUCACAAGACCUCACAUGUACCCCAAAUCUAUCAAAUAUGGCGGAACAAAUAAAAUAUGAUAAUAAGCCAACCGAUGCAAAAUUUUAAAAUUAUAAUUAAUCAACCAAUAAAAAUUUAAUUAAAACGUGCCAUCUGAUAUUAAUGAAAAUGUAACUCUAUUAACAAUAAAAUAAGGGGAGUGAAUCCAUAACAAAAUGUGCAAAUGACGUCAGUGUGCUAUCUCUCCAAAUUAGCCAACUUUUCUUUUUAUUUAUUUUUUCAGCCCCCAUUGGUUACAUAGCUAAUAGUGUAAACGAUCUCUCCAUUUUCUUUCUUUUUUUUUUUUUUUUAAAUUCUUCCUACAUGCCAGAUUGCAAUUGUUUAACUGAGAGCAUAUUCUCAAAAAACGAAAAAAGAAAUUAGAUUUAUAUUAAAUUAUACCAAAAUUAUUUAUUGAUGCUUAAAUUUUCAAACUUAAAUUUUUUUUUUUUUUUUUUUUUUAAAUUCAUCCUACAUGCCAGAUUGCAAUUGUUCAACUGAGAGCAUAUUCUCAAAAAACGAAAAAAGAAAUUAGAUUUAUAUUAAAUUAUACCAAAAUUAUUUAUUGAUGCUUAAAUUUUCAAACUUAAAGCAUGUUCACGAAAUAAAUUUAUAUAAAAUUGUCGUGUAUAUUGGCUAGUUUAAGGCAAAAAUUAAAAUUAUGCGUUCAUUAAACUUCAGUACCGGUUUUUGAAUAUGGAUAAUCAAGUGUAUGAUAUUAUGUGUACUACGUGUGAUCUCGUUCCAUUCACCCAUGCCCAUGCAGGAGCCUUUGAUUGGAAUUAUAUUUAUACACCCCAUAAGCCAUAAAAGAAAAAUAAGAAUGUUGCGCCCCUGUAAAAUAACGGAACAUCUUAAUAAAGUUCAACACCCCUCCUCUCCCGGUAUUUCCACUUUUUGUGAACAUGGCUACAAUUUGAAAAUUUCGUUUUGUUUAGCAUACCAACUUAUAGGUGAUCAAAUAUCCGGCAGCUGGCAACAGGGUUAAAAAAAAUAAAAACAAAUGGAGGUUGGCGGAUGUUCAAAGACGUUUUAGAAAUAAAAUAAAACAAAAAUAAGCGAUGUAUAAUUCAGUAUUAGUUAACUAUCACUGCCUGGAUUUAAUUUAAUGAAGAAUACACAUAAGUUUACUUGCGAUAAUACGAAACUCAAUCAGAAAUAAUAUAUGCACCUGAACUGCAUGAUUACAGAUAUAUUUGCACAAGAUUCCCAAUCAAUGGCAAACCCUCAGUUUCAUAGCAAAUCUGCUGACAACAUGGUUAUACCAAUAACACACUGUUUGAUCUUUAUUUUCAUCACACAUCAUUGUAUCAGACUUAGGCACUUUGAUAUUACCCUGGAAAAGCAUAAAAAAGGUUUCUUCUUCUUCUAUAUCUUAAGGGCCCACGAUCAAUUUAUUGAUCAUUUUGGUUCCUAUGCAUGUAGAUGGGAUUUGCAAUGUUUCUGUUCCUGGUGUUGAUGAGGAAAUUUCACAGAUUUCCAGUACCAAUUUGUGAGGGAAUCAUGCACUAGGGGUUUGAAGGCUUGAGGCAGUAGACACAAAUGUGUCUAGUGUUGUCGCCUCAACUGUUCCUUUUGAAAGGUUCUCAUGAGUUCAUUAUCAAAAUGAUGACAUCCACUUUUUAAUUUACAGAGAGUCUAGUUGUUAAGGAUUUUUUUGCCAAUUAUUGUCCCAACGAGACCAGGCACAGUGUAUCAAUUUGAUAUUGCUAAAAUAAUUUAUUUGUUAAAUAAUUUAACCAACAUACAAUAUAAAAUUCAUCUCCAGUAUUUUUUAAAAAUUUCCUCUAUAUCCUUGAGAUUCUUAAAAUCAAACAUUUUCCUACCACCCACCAUGUUAGACUGCAGAAGUAUAAGUAUCAUUAUAAUAUUUUGUUUUGGCACAAUGUAUCAAUAUGAUUUUUACUAUUUUAUAUUAAGAUAAUGUAUCAGUUUGUAUACUAAUAUGAAAAAAGUAACUCACCAGAGCAAGUAAAAUAAUACACUUUUCAAACUUCAAAAAAGUAACUUGCAAAGAUGUGGUGUAUCAAUUUGAACAAAGCAGCUAAAUUUUAAGUAUAGGCCUAGCCUCCACUACAUCUUAUUAUUUGUGGGACCCACUAUUUGUUAUAUGUAAUGAUAUUUUAAUGUAUAUUAUGAAUCUUAAGGCAAGAUGUAAAAAAAAAAAAUGUUAAUAAAUAUUCACUUAACUUUGUUAUUGAAAUAUCCUAUAUUUAAUCACAUAUCACAAUAUUCCACAAGAGAAUUAGUACAUAAUCCUCAGUAUUCUUAAAGAAAAAACACACUUUCUGCCACAAUGAUCCAAGAAUUAAUUCAGAUAUUACAAAAGAACUAUCAUAAAAACAUGUACUUACCUCAAACAAAUGACUAGAUCUUAUUUUAAAUUCUAUCAACUGCUGAAGUUGAUUAUAACAAUGCAUGUUGAUUUGUGAAACAAGAUUAUUAACUUAAAAUAAAUGACAUAGUAAUUUUUUUGAUCAUAUUCACAUGGGACUUAAAUACAUGCAUAGUAAAUGGCAAAAUAAGAAGUAUAAUCGUCAAUUUUAACUAAAUGAAUCAAAUAAGCCCUGUAUUAUAUGUUUAUAUUUAUAAUUGUUGAACAAUUCCACAGAAAAUUUGAAAUUAUUAUCUACAGAAUAUUAUUAUUAUUAUUGUUGUGAAAUUUAAAAAAAACUAUACAUAUAAAGAAAAUUAAUUAAUUAAAUACAAAUAAAUGCGAGUAAGCAUUUUUAAAAUAAAUUUUAAUAAGGAAAAUUAUAAAGAUUUUAUUUUUUAUUUUGCGAAAUAUUAACAAAAACUAAACUUAUAAUUUUUAGCUUUAUUUAGAAGUCAUAUUUAACUUAUAUUCCAUUUCAAUAUUAUAUUUUUGUCUCAUUUUAUAAUAAAGUUAUAGGCGUAAAAACAAAAGCAAGAUGAGGUCACGAAAUGUGUAGGAAAAAUCUGUGCAAUAAUGAAAAAAGUGGUCUUGAUGUCCUUACAAAAAAAAUCAUAACUUUUGAACCACUUGAGCUAGAAAGUUGAUCUUGGUGUUUUUUUGUAAUCCAUUCUUUAGGCUCUAUACAGCUGUAGUAUUUUUAUAUUUUUAAAAAUGUUUUGAAAUUUUCAUCAAAGUGCUUACUGAUUAGUGAAGCAAAAGAUUCGUAGUUAAGCACUAUUUAAUUUUUAUUAUGAACUUUUUUUAAAUUUAUGAAAAGCUCAAUGAAAAUCAGGCUUGAAAUUGCUUGCAAUCUUUUUGUUGUGCAUAUCAACUAAUAGUUGUAAUAUUUUAACAAUUGAUGCGUGUCUAGAGACAUUAGUUACAGUGCCAUAGCAAAAAUCUAAAAAAUUUAAAAGCUUUUUGAACUUUAGGUCUACUGCUUUAAAAACUUCAUAAUUUCUUUUGUUUUGAAGGAAUAUUAGAAGAAAAUGGUGAAAUAGUUGAAAAAUGUUUUAGCUAUUCUCUUUGUUUAUCAAUCAAUAUGUUUAAAAUGAAGAUUUACAAAUUAUAAGAAAUAUAGCAUAAUUGUUUUAAAUUAUAUGUAUCUCAAAGUGAAAGAAGUGAUUAGGUCUCAAUUUAUUUCAAACUAAGAAAGUGCUAAACAGUAGCAGAUGGUGACAGUGUCUGAGGGUGUGUGUAUAUAUAUAUAUAUACACAUAGAAAAGCAUAAUUACAUACAUAUUAUAGUGGACAAGAGAUGCAUGCUUUCCUUUUUCAAAUACAAAACAAAGUAGUUUUCAAAAUGCUACAGUGGAGCAGCACAGUGUGCCUGCCUAAACUCCUAAAUCUUGUCAUAUUCGUUAAAAUUAACAAAGUUUGCAGAAAAACAUAGCCCUAUUAUACCAGCAAAAGGUACUUUGAUUUGUAUCUGGAUUUGGAAGAAAUAUCCAUAUUGGCAUCAGUGGAACUGGAAGAAAAUAUCUUUUAUUCAGAACUUUAAUUAUAAAUAGUUGUCCUGACGAUUUGGUACUUUUGGAUUGUUCAAGUAAAGUGUUAUAUAAUUUCUUUAAAUAAUAUUGUCUGCCAUUUUCCCAUUACCAUUUAAACAACAAAAAUUCUUACUUCCAUUAAAAGCACUGAUUUAAGAAUAUUAAGAUAGGUUUUGAUUGUAUAUGUUGUAAAAACCUAAAUUAUUUUUCCUGUCAUCAGAUCAAAUGAUUGUAGGAAACGUGCACAGAGUAGAAGACGCAGCAUCACGGCCACUAGAAGGCUCAAGGAGAAUGUCAUUGGUUGACUUAGGAAAACGUUUGUUAGAGGCAGCCAAGAGAGGGGAGACCGACACAGUUAGAACUCUUAUGUCAAAUGGAGCACCAUUUACCACUGAUUGGGUAUGUCUGUAAUGUUGUUCUUACUUAUGAAAUUAAAAAGGGCUUAUCAUAUGAAUUCUGUUGAUUAUUUUAAGAACUUUCUAGAUCUUAAACUUCGUUACAAUUUGUACAGUCUUUAAUGAAAUAGUUGAAAUACCAAUAAUUAUAAUAUAGAUAUAAUCCACUACUAGAAUAUUUUUUAAAGCGUUUCAUUUUUUACAUUAUUAACACAUUAAGACAAAAGCAAUAAAAUGCAAAUUAAUUAUGAUGCUCUAAAUAUUAAUCUCCAAAUUUUCAUUGGUAGUCGAGUGGUGUAAACUCAUAAGUCAAUCCCAAAUCCCAAGCUUGUGGUCUGGAGUCAAAUCCCCACCAAAGAUGGGAUCUGUUAACUCAUCUAAGAGAAGAAACAAUCAAAACACGGAAGAGUCCCGUAGCCAGAUAAAAUAGUACAAUGUAAAUUCUGAAAACUCAUGCGAUGCAACUGGUGUCAAGCCGUAUCAUCCAUAUAUAGUGUUCCCUUGGGCUAUCUAAUUGUGGGGAGAGAGACAAUUUGCUGUCUAGGGAACCAGCUUAUAGUCCUAAAGAAGAAACCCCAGGCCUUGUGAUUUAGUCCUGUGAAGUCACACCAUCGUAAAAUUGUGACUGACGGAUGCCAGUAUAAAAAAUUAUAUAUAUACGGUAUUGUAAUUUAUUAAUAAUUUCUUUUCUUAAAAUUCUCUUCAACCUAUACUCUAGCUUGGUACAUCACCACUGCAUUUUGCUGCACAGUAUGGUCAUCAGGAAACAGCAGAAGUCUUAUUGCGUGCUGGUAUUAGUCGAGAUGCUCGUACUAAAGUGGAUAGGACGCCACUUCAUGUUGCCUCCCAGGAAGGUCACCUGGCAAUUGUCCAGCUAUUACUCCAGAGUAAUGCAGAUAUAGAUGCCAAAGAUAUGGUAACGAUCUGUGUUUUUUUUUACUACUAAAUGUAUUUUUUUUUUCAAGAAAGUUGUAGAUUUAUAGGUGAUUGAUAUCAGAUUGAUGUCGUCACCGCUAGGAUUAUUUGUACAUUUAUUUGACAAUGCUUGUUCAAUAGUAAAUUCCUCACACUUAAUUAUUUCCUACUGUAUUUGAAUAUAAAUAAAUAUAUUAUCUUAAAUCAGCUCAAGAUGACACCUUUACAUUGGUCAACUGAGAAGGGUCAUGUCACUAUAAUUGCAACACUAAUCAGAAAUGGAGCAGAUGUUACACUUGAAGAUAAGGUAAGUGAAUGUCCCUGCUAUUAUUCCUCCUCAGUUUGAAAUAGUAAAUUGAAAGCUAAAUCUAGUUCUUAUUACAUGAUGGUUCUAAUAUAUAUUCGUUUUGUUAAUUAGACAGUUGUGGAGUCAAAGAGUAGAGAUAUACAUAUAGUACAGCUUAAACAAUAUUUUCAUCUUUGAAAUUAUCUGAAUUCAUUAUGAAGAAGAUAACAUAAUAGAAUUUAAGAUAUUCUUAUUUCGUGAAAUAUUUUUAAAAACUGUUUCAUAACAUCUAUCACAGUUUAAUCGCACACCACUAGAUAUUGCUCUAGCCAAUGGCAGGACAGAUAUUGCACAACUGUUACAAAUCCAUCAAGAUUCCUCUGGUGUCAUAGGGGACACUAUUACCAUCGAGGCCCCUGAAAAUAUGGUCACUGAAACAGUUCGCACUAGCGAUGUUGACGGGCUUGUCAUUGAUACUGACAAAUGUAGGUUUUCAAUUCACUUUAUUGGUAUACAAUGCAGACAUUUAAUAUUAUUUCAAAAUGAGUUGCUCUAUCAAACAAAUGUUAAUUAUUUUGUAAGCAACACGUUAUAAAUAUAUAUAUAUAUUAUACACAUACAUACACACCACAUGUUUUGAUCCUACCACCUUCUAAUCUAUAUUCUUUUGACUCUUAAAAAGUCGUUUCUUUUCGCUCAGUGAUUAAGUCAGAGCCAGAUGACUCCACUGACCAGAGCAGCACCUCUGUCUUGGCCACACUGGCAGCUUUAGCUGAGGCUACAGCCCCUAACUCUGGUAGUAAGUUGCUGUUGUCUAGUUGUAAACUUAAACCUUAUCAUUUGUAAGCAGUAAUGGCAAGUUAUAUUUUAAUUACAAUUUUUAAGUGAAUUAAAACUUUAAUAAUUAAAGUUCAAGUACAAUGAAACUUUUUUGGAAGCUGCUUGCAAUAUUUUUGUUGUGCAUAACAAGUAAUAAUUUGUAAUAUUUUAACAAUUAAUGUGUGUCUAGAGACAUUUUUGUUGACUGGGUGUGUUUUUAUGUAUUUACUAAUGUGAUAUAAGAAAGUGUGUCAUUACUUUUAAUUGAAACAUGAUUAUUUUAACUUAUUGGUUUUUAUGACGUGUGUAUGUAGUUUUAGGAUUACUUUUCAGGGGGGGGGGGGAGAUACUUAAGUUACAGAUUAAAUAUUCCUGAUAACUACAUUGUUCAAACUAACUUGAUCAUUUUACUUUGAAUAUUUUACUUUGUUAUAUAACCACCAUCAAUGUGAGAUGUUUUUGUUAUACCAUGAUUAACUUUGAUGCAUGGCAUAUGCUUUAAAAAUAAUCCCCUUAGUUCACUAAUUUAUUUGAUAUUGUAGGUUUGUUUUGAUUAAUGUAAAACUAAGGGAGGCAACCCUUUGCCCAUUGUUGAUUGAUCACUUCCUCAAUAAUUGUGUUACUAUUUCAGGUGUAGAUUUUGUACUAAUAUUAUUAUUAAUAAUAAAAUGAUUAAUACAUACAACAAUUAAAGCUACUGGUAGUAUUGACAUGUAGAAUUUCUUGUCAUGUAUUUAAUUCAUUUAAGCAAUGUAGAUAAAAUAUUUCAUGUUUUGUAAACAUCACAUUAAAGCUAUCCAAUAAUGGGAUAAUUCAGUUAUUUGCAGUGAUCCAAUAAAAUGACCUUUGGGGUGUUCUGGUCAUAGGAUUUUAUGGGAUAAUCCAGUGUAAGGAUGGUAUGGAUUAAUGCAGUUUGUGGUUAUACUAAAGAUAUAAUAUAAGAGUAAUCUAACUGCAAGUUGUUCCUCCUCAGACCAUGCAUCGACAUCUGAAGCCAUGAGCUGGCUGGAGAGUCAGGGCAUAACAAUGAUCUCUAGUGAUGGGAGUCUUAUAACAUCUGCUGUGGAGAGUGGACAGACUAUUACUCUAACAGGUACACAAUUAGACUAGCACUUAUUACAUAUGUGCUUCUAAUCUGUUAUCUAAAAUAAUCAGUAAAGAUAGAAAAUUUAGGGGUUAGCAUUUAGAUUGGUAAAGUAAAUUAUACAAAUAUUAUGGUUAUAUGUUCUGAUAAUGAUGUAAUUUUUGCGACCACAUUUUCAUCAUUUUAACAUUUCUUUGCCUACUAAAGUGGCAAAUACUCUAUGAUAAUAAAAACUAUUUUGUUGAAAUGAUUUUUAUUUCAGAUUUGUUCUUAAGUAAAAUGCUUUUGAAAAUAGGCCUUAAUUUGAAUGUAAACUAUAACAGAAAUUUUAGAUUCCAGGGCCUUAUUUUCAUUUUUAACUUUAAUGGCCAUGUCUCUGGAAUUUUUUUGACAGAUAAUGAUUGGAUGAAUUUCAGACAUGUUUACUCUUACGAUUUUGUCAUACAUAAUAAUACAAUUUUGAGAUGUCUUUUACGAUUGUAUGCAGAGACCAGUCAGAACUCUGAUUUUACGAGACAAGUUUAAAAAAAAAUAUUCCUGUGGUUUUAUUAUAUAUUAAAAAAAAACUUUAUGCUUGUUAGUAAAAGCUCCUGUCUACGACCAGACUUUGAAAUACGAAUGACUCUGGACCAUCCACAGGUUAAUAUUACAUCACUCUGAGAGGGGACAGGGGGCGGUGUUGACUUGGAAGCGUAUGGAUGUAAAUGGGACUAAAUAUUUUUAAAGGCUAUAAAAUUUCAUAAUUAUGGUGAUAUUGUAGCUUUGUGUUUUCACAAUAAAACUCACUAUAUACAGCAAUAGUUAUAAUUAGCAUAUUCGACUUAGUGAAAAAUUUAGUAAACGUUCUUUUUUUUUUUUUUUUUUUUUUUUUUUUUUUUUUUUUUUUUUUUUUUUUUUUUAUUUUUUUUUUUUUUUUUUUUUUUUUUUUUUUUUUUUUUUUUUUUUUUUACUUUUGUUGUGUGUGACAUACUUUUUUGACAUAAAUCCUUCAUUCUGUAGCUGAGCUGAAUUCCUGCGAUUAUGAAAAUGGAGUAAAACUACUGAUUUAAAAAAAUAAUGCCUUCUCAACUGCUCCACACAGCAGCAUUAUAUUUUGACAUAUUUUUAUAAGAUCUAGUAAGCGGCAUUUGAAAUCUAUUGUUUGAAGUCACUAAGGACCUUUUCAAUUGAAAUACCCAAUUUUGUUCCAGCACCUCUCCUCCCUUCUCCCAAAACAGCUUGAGGUAGUUAUGAGACUACAAUAUGUUAACGGAAAAUAAAGUCAGGCUCAUAAGCUUAAUGCAUUAAUUGCCCGCCACAUUAAAUAUUGAUCCCUUUUUUGUUACGGUACAUGCCAAUUUGGUAUACCAGUCCCUCACUGAUUGAAAGAAACCUAAUUGUCCACAAGCAUUACGAUUCAGUGUAGUAUGAUGCAAAACUAUAUUCAGGGGAACAAGGUCUGGAAUUUCAAUAAUUUCUGUGAGGUUUGUUUGUAAGUUCUGACAAGACCCAUAUUUUAAACUUAACAACAAAUAACCUUUGUGGGUCUGAUUCUGCAGUUCACACAAACAGUAUUGUUUAUUCAUAUUAACAUUUCAAGUAUUCAUUUUGUAAAUAUAUGUCAGAUAUACUUGGCUAUAUAUUCAAUGAAAGACUUGUAUUAAGAAAUACAAUUGUAGACAUUUUAUGGUAUUAAAAAUAAAUGUCAAUUUUUUCAUUGAUUGAGCAGAAGCCGGUAAGAUUGCCCUCAAUCAAUUCAUCCAGCAAGAGGCGGGUAUAGAUGGGACAGCAGAAGAGGAUGGAGAAGAGAUUGAAGGAGUGACAGAAGAGGAAGGGAUGGGUGAGGAGAUAACGGAAGAGUCUAUUGUGGAACAUGGAGGAGUCCAAGUGGAAGGGGAAGAAGAGGAUGGGGAGGUAAGAUAUACUACAAGAAAGUCAUUGAUUUUUUUUACUUUCACUUACUGAGAAUGAAAAAGAAUCUAAAAUAUGUGUUGUAUUCACUGCCAAAAAUAUUAUAUAAUAUAAAGUUAGAAUUAAGGAUUGCUAACUCAUCUAUAUUUAUGUUACAUCAAAAAACCUCACUCACUUUUAAUUUAUUUGACCCUUUGCCUAGAAAUAUGACAACUACUUUUAAGGAUCCAUCCAUCAUCUAUCCCUGUGGUGCUACAGCCCAUUUAGGGCUUUGGCCUGUCUCACUAUUUCCUUCUACUCAGACCUAACUAAUGCUUCUUUUUUUUUUCCACGCUGUAGAUCUAUUUUCACAUCAUCCAUCCUUCUAAGCCUAGGUCUGCUUUUGAGCAGUUUUCCUUUUGGGUUUUGGUGAUGUACCCUCUUCACUCCUCUUUCAUUUAGCAAUCUGUCCUGCCCAGCAUAGCCUACCCUAUUUUAUUUCUGCUACUAGCAUGGCAUCCUGAUAUAGACUGUAUAAUUUCUGGUUGGUUGUAUUCUCCAUCCAUAUUCAACCUUUGUUGGUCCAUAUAUUUUCCUGGAGAACUUUCUCUCCCUUGUGUUCAUUAGGUUUUCUGCCGUUUUUAGGGUCGUGUCCAGAACCAAGUUUCACUUGCAUAUGUUACAACAGUUUUAUAAAUAGUUUUUCUUUUAGUGUUUUUACUUUUGAGUAUUUACUGAUUACUGAAGUAUGCCCUGUUUCCAGCCGAUAUUCUUUCAUUUAUUUUUGUUAUUAAUUCGUUUCUUUCAUUUAAUAAAGAUCCUAGGUAUUUGAAUUGAUUUACUUUUUCAAAAGUUUUUUUUCCAAUUUUAAUGGCUUUAUCUGUUCUUCUCUUAUCAUAGUCAUGUAUUUUGUUUUUUUGGUUAACUUUCAGCCCUGCUUGUAGUGAUGCACCUUCUAAUUCCAUAAAGGCUUUUGAUAUGUCUUUACUACUUUUCCCAACAGUGCUAUGUCAUCAGCAUAUGCAAGAUACUAAAGGGGUUGAUUUUAGAGAGUGCCCAUUGGUUGUGGAUCUUGGGUCUCCAUCAGAAAGUAUUCUGCUAUUGUUCCUGGGGGGUCAAUAUGUAUGGUUCUUAAAACUCUCUCUAAUGUUAGGUUAAAUAGCAUACAGUGAGUCUUCUUGUCUUAGACCUCAUCUAAUCUGAAAUUACCUUGAAUAUUCUUCCUGAACCUUGAUUUGGCUUUUUCGGUUGUUUAAUGUAAAGUGUAUCAGUCUUGUCAGUUUGUUGGGUAUGCCAAACUCCUGCAGUUCUUUUGAUGCUGUCAUAGGCCAUUUUAUAUUCCACAUAGAAUUGAUGUACUGGGAUAUUAUAUUUGUAGCAUUUCUCUAAUAGGCAUUUGAUAGUGAAAAUCUGAUCAGUCGUUGAUCUGUUUUGUCUGAAUCCACAUUGGUAGUGACCUAGUAUUUCUUAGUUUUAACAAAGCUAAUAAAAUUUGGAUCAUUGUAGUUUAAGGGUAUGAAUUUUUCAUAUGAUAUACCGGUAAGAAAUGUAGUUCUUUGAUAAAAGGUUUGUAUAUCUUUUCACAUUUUCAUUUUAAUAAGUCAAUGUCAGCAUUAAGUGCAAUAUUUUCAAAAAGUCGUGUUUAUGUGGCUCUGCCCUAUGCUUUUAGAGUGCCAAAUUUUACAUUGAGCUAUUUAUAUAUACUAUUUGGUGAGGCUAACAUCUCUAAAUGAACAGAACAACUAGUUCAUUAAAAAACCAAUCUCUUUGCCUCUGUAUGUUUCAUACCUGACUUCUCCCUCUAUUUUUUUUUCCCAGAAUGUUAUCACGAUAGUAACAAGAGCUGAUGAUGACUCAGAUGAAGAAGGGGAACAUGAGGGACAAAUCAUAAUGGAGGAGGCAGUUAUACAUGAUGGUCAGGAGGGAGGUAUGUCAGAUACAGUUUAAACAUCAAAGCUCAUUUAUUUGUAUUCUGAUAAAUUGACCAAAAGAAACAAAUCAUUAGUACCUGCAUUAUCAUUAGUUGAUUAAUUUUUAAAAUGAGAGUGGUAAUCACAGAAUUAUUUUUCAAUAACACUGAUCAGAAAAGAUAUAGUUUUAUUUACAAAAUAGGAAAUCUUUAUUUUCAAUUGUUAUGGGAUGAGUGUAGGCCUAAUUUUAGCUUUGUGGCCACCACCACUUGUCUCCCCUUUGUUUUCUUGUGACGUCACUGACGUGCUGUGUAACCCCUUUUACCCAGGUAUCCCUUGCUUAGAAAAAGAUUGUUUAAGUUCUUCUUCUUUAUUUUAAGGGCCCACGAUCAAUGAAUUGAUCAUUCUGGCUCCUAUGUUUCAGAGAGGUUUGCGAUGUUACUGUCCAUGGGUUUCAAUGGGAUACUUCACUGGUUGCAAGGGCGACUCAGCAGUGGUGUUAUGAACUGGGGGUUGGAAUACAGGAGGCAAUAGACACAAAUGUAUCGAGUGUAGCCGCCUCAACUGUUGCUUUUGGAAGCUUGUUCCAGUCCCCUAUUGUCUUCGGCAGGAAUGAGGAGCUUCUGUACUUCGUUCUUGUUUUUACCAGCCGGAACUGUUUGUCGUGACUUCGUCGCAGUCUGGGGGGAAGAUUAACGAGUUUCUGUUUGAUUCCGGAGCAGUGCACCAGUCCAUUUGUUAUCUUGUACAACAUGGUGAGCCUGGAUAGUCGUCGUCGUUCUUCCAAUGUCGACCAGCCCAGUGUUUCCAGCAUGCUGCCAACACUCGAGGUGCUUCUGUAGCGGUUCAUGACAAAGCGUGCUGCCCGUCGCUGGACCGCCUCCAACCUGUCUAUGCUUUUCUGGGUAAAUGGGUCCCAGACUGUAGAAGCAUACUCUAAAAUAGGUCGGACAAAGGCUUUAUAGGCUUUUUCUUUCACGCUUGAGUUGCCGAUCUUCAGAUUGCGCCUUAGGAACCCCAGGGUCUUGUUUGCCCGGUUGCACACACUGUUAAUGUGCUCGUCCCAGCGGACCUCUCUUUGGAUGGUAACACCCAAGUACUUAACGGAGGAAACUGGCUCAAGAAUAUGGCCAUGCAGUUCGUAAGAGUGGUUUAGAGGGAACCUGCUUCUGGAGACUGACAGGGUUUGGCACUUGACGGGAUGAAAUUCCAUGUCCCAGCUUAUCUCCCACUCAGCUAACCGAUUGAGGUCUUGUUGAAGCUGGCCCUGGUCAGAGCUGUUGACGAUUGUCCUAUAUACCGCCGUGUCGUCUGCGAACAGUCUUGCUUGAGAGGUCAGCUUCUCGGGCAGAUCGUUGAUAUAUGCUAGGAACAAACAAGGGCCUAGCACUGAGCCCUGGGGGACCCCUGACUUAACACUGACAAAGGAGGAGGUUUUGCCAUCUACCACUACUGCCUGGCAUCGGUCGCUGAGGAAGCUAGAGAUCCAUGUUUUGGUAGUGCCUUGGAUCCCAUAUCUAUGCAGUUUGUGCAAUAGCAAGCUAUGGUUGACACGGUCAAACGCUUUUGAAAAGUCCAGCACAAGCACAUCAGUCUGCUUGCUGUUCUCCAAGUUGGUCGUCAACUCUUCAGCAAAUUCAAGGAGUUGGGUCUCGCAUGAUCUGUUGACUCGAAAGCCAUGCUGACAGUCAUUGAGUAUAUUAUUUCUCUCCAGGUGAUUCAUGACCGCGCUUACGAUUAUGUGUUCCAAUAGUUUACAUACUACGCUAGUGAGGGAUACAGGGCGGUAAUUGGCUGGGUCGUAAUGUUCUCCUUUUUUGUAGAUCGGAGUGACAUACGCUGUUCUCCAGUCAGUUGGAACUUUGCCUGUGAAUAGCGACGAUUGGAAAAGGAUUGUUAAUGCAGGAGCGAUUUCUUCGGCCAAUUCUUUUAGCACUCGUGGCUUGAUGUUGUCAGGACCACAUGCCUUGAAGGGGUUAAUGGUUUUAAGAAGUUCCAGCACACCCUUCUCUGAGAUCUUGAUAUCUUCCAUGGUGGGAUAGGCUGUGCUCAUCAUCUUGGUCUUCAGCAGGAACUCAACUUCUGAGUACUCUCUACCAUUCCCAAAGACCGACUGGAACUGUUGAUUGAGUAUGUCCGCCUGUUCUUUGGGUUCAGACGUCAACUUGCCUUCCCAUCUCAGGGGGGAAACUCCGAUGUUUGUUGACCUUUGAUGCUUGACAUAGCUCCAGAACCGCUUGUUCUUGGCGGUAGUAUCUUCCUCAGAGAAGAUGCCGUUCAGGUAGUUCCAGUAGGAUCUGCGCAGUAAGCGUUGGAUGGUUCUUCGGAGCCUCAGUACUUCGGCUUUUAGUUCGACCGACCCAUUCUUCUUCAUACGUUAAGUUAGAAUAAGUUAGAAUACACUCUAUUUGUUUUAAAGGAUGCUAUCAGGUGACACAAUUUCUAUAUUUCUUUUCUGGGAAGUUCUAUAUAUAUAUAGGCUGGCAGCUUUCCAAACCCGGAGAGAUUUUUGCUAUUUUUCCUUGACAUCCAUCCAUCCCUGUGGCGCUAGAGCCCAUGUAGGGCUUUGGCCUGCCUCACUACUUCAUUCCACUCAGACCUAACUAAUGCUUUUCUUUUCCAUGCUUGGAUUUUCAGUUGUUGUAGAUCUUUUUCCACAUCAUCCAUCUAAGUCUAGGUCUGCCUUUAAGCCUUUUUCCUUUCGGGUAUUGUUGAUGCACCCUCUUCGUUCCUCUGUCAUUUGGCAUUCUCUCUAAGUAUUCUGCUCAGCGUAGCCUGCCCCUUUUUAUUUCUGCUACUAUCGUGGGAUCCUGAUAUAUACUGUACAAAUCAUGGUUGGUUCGUAUUCUCCGUCCAUAUUCAUCCUUUGUUGGUCCAUAUAUUUUACUGAGAACUUUCCUCUCCCAUGUGUUUAAUAGGUUUUCUGCUGUUUUUUUUAGGGUCCAAGUUUCACUUGCAUUUGCUGCAACUGGGCUGAUUAUUUAUUUAUGAAUAGUUUUCUUUGUUUCUCUUGUAAUGUUUUUACUUUUGAGUAUUUUCUGACUACUGAAGUCAGAUGCUCUGUUUCCUGUUAGUAAUUCGUUUCUUUCAUUUAAUAAAGAUCCUAGGUAUUUGAAUUGAUUUACUUUUUCAAAAGUCUAGUUUCUAAUUUUAAUUGCUUCAUCUGUUUGUUCUUCUCUUAUCAUUGUCAUGUAUUUUUUUUUUUGGUUGUUAACUUCCGUCCCUGCUUGAAGUGAUGCGUCUUCUAAUUCAAUAAAGGAUUUUGGUAUGUCUUUAAUACUUUUCCCUAGCAGUGCUAUGUCAUCAGCAUAUGCAAGAUACUCAAGUGGUUGGUUGUAGAGUGUGCCCAUUGGUUGAGUUUCCCUCAGAAAGUAUCCUAUCAUUCCUCGAGUGUCAAUGUGUAUGUUUCUCUUAACUCUCUCUAAUGUUAGGUUAAAAAGCAUACAAGACAGUGAGUCUCCCUGUCUUAGGCCUCGUCUAAUCUGAAAUUCCCUUGAAUAUUCUCCUUGAACCUUGAUUUUGCUGUUUGAAUUGUUUAGUGUUACAUGUAUUAGUCUUGUCGGUCUUUUGGGUAUGCCAAACUCCUGCAGAGUUUCAUAUAGACAUUUUCUUUUGAUGGCCAUUUUAUAGUCCACAUAGAGUUGAUGUACUGGUAUAUUAUAUUCAUAGCAUUUCUCUAAUAGGAAUCUAAUGGUGAAAAUCUUAUCAGUCGUUGAUCUGUUAGGCCUUAAUCCACGUUGGUAAUCACCUAGUAUUUCUUCAGUGUAAGGUUGUAGUCUUUUGGCAAUAAGCUUCGUCAGUAUUUUGUAUUUAACAUUUAACAGGGAGAUUCCUCUGUAGUUUGUGCACUGAAGUUUGGAGUCUUUCUUGUGUAUCGGGGUUAUUAAUGCUGUUUCCCAUUCUGUUGGAAUUUUCUCUUCUUGCCAAAUGUUAGUUAUAAGUUUAUGUAUCUGAGUGUGUAGCUCUUUUCCUCCAUAUUUAAUCAGUUCUGCUGUGAUGAGGUCUUCUCCAGGGGCUUUGUGAUUUUUCAUAUAUUUAAUUACCGCUUUAGUUUAUUCUAGAUUUGGGCAUUGUAUAAAAGGGUCUGGUCUUCCCUGUGGGGGUUGAUAGUCUUCUUCUUGUCUAAGUCUUCUUCUUGUCUAUUGUCUGCAUUCAAAUUACUCACCCCACCUCUCCAGUACUUUACUAUUUUCCGUGAUUAAUUCUCCAUUGUGGUUCUCACACAUUUGCGGUCUGGCUUGGUAUCCAUUCUUUUCAUCUUUUAUCUUCAUGUACAGUCCUCUUAUAUUUCCCUCUCUUGAUAAAUCUUCUAUUUCCUUUAGUUUAGCUUUUUCCCAUUCCCUCAUUUUAUUCCUACAUAUUUUUGUUGCUGUCCUUGUAUGUUUGUGUUGACUUUCUGGUUUCCCUUUGUAACAUGAUUAUUCGUGCUUUGUUUCUUUCUUCCACAGUCUCUCUGCAUUCAUUAUCAAACCAGCCUACUCUAUUGUUGGUUUGCUGAAAUCCCACUACUUUUUCUGCUGAUCUUUUCAUGGCAUUUUUUAUCCUAUCCCACUGUUCAUUUAUGUUGUUUUCCCUGUUUACUUCCUCCUGUGAUGCUUCUAAUUGUUCUUCUACUUCAUUCUGGUACCUUUUGCAUUUAGUUGGUCUUUGGUGAGCUUUUGGUAAUCAUAUCCUUUCUCUCUUUGAUUACGACCAUUGUGAAUUAUGCUUAUUCUCUGCUUAUAUUUCACCCUUACAAGUAGAUGGUCCGAGUCUGCAUCUGCUCCUCAAAGGCUUCUUACAUCUAAUAUAUCUGAUCCAUGUCUCCGAUCUAUUAGAACAUGGUCAAUUUGGUUGUGGGUGAUUCCAUCUGGUGAGUUCCAAGUAGCUUUAUGUAUAUUUUUGUGCGGAAACUUGGUGCUGGUAACUGACAUCCCUUUUCCUACAGCAAAGUCUAUGAGUCGGAUCCCAUUGUCAUUGGAUUCUUCAUGCAGACUUGCCUUGCCAAUAGUGGCAUGAACACCUUUUCUUUUCCUAUUUUGGCUUUAAAGUCUCCAAUCACUAUUUUAAUAUCAUGUUGUGGUGCCUCUUCGUAGAUCUUUUCCAGUGUCUCAUAAAAGGAUUCUUUAUCCUGAUAUCGGUUGGAGCAUGUACAUUUAUGAAUGUUAUAUUGAACAUUUUUGUUCCUACACGCAAAGAACACAAUCUUUCAUUUUCUGGUUUGAAGCCUAUGACUGUACUGACUGUUUAUUUUUUUACGGCAAAGCCUGUUCCUAGUGUGUUGUUACCAUUAUAAAAUAUGGUGUAUUCUUUUGUUUUGAGAAUGUCUGAAUUUUUACAUCAAAUUUCUUGCAAUGCAGCAAUAGAUAUUUUAUAUUUGAUUUACAAGGUUGGUUAAGGCUUCUGCUCUAAACAGGCUUAGUAUAUUCCAAGUUAAAAUCCAAAAAUCAUGUCCACAUCCAAGCAUAGACGUUAAUUUUUUUACAUGGCUGGGUUGUUAACCCUGCGCAUAAUGGUCUGUGGGGUUGUCCCUUACAGUUGUCUGGAAAGCUGCCUUAGUUUUUGGGUAAGGUUCCCUACCCUUUGUGGAUCCCUCCAUUUCCUACAAGGCAGUAGGUUCUGAUUUUGGUCCGCCCCAGGUAUUUUAUUUCCCUGGUACCAUAUCUGGUGGGCUUUCCCCUAUCCGCCUCUUGAGGAGGCGCUCGAUGGGAGAUCAAUAUCUCCGCACGAGAUACUCAGAUUUCCUUGAAAUACGAAAAAUUAUUUAAUUGCAACGUUUUACUAUUUUUGUAUGUGUAAAUUAAUAUUAGUAUUUUUCUAUGAUUUUUACCUUUUCAUUUGCUGUGCUGUAAGUUGAUAUCGUUUUUUUGUCUCUGUUUAUAUGAAUGUGUGUAUUUAAAGAAAUUUAAUAGUAUAAUUAAAUUUAAUAUUGUUAGUAUCACUAACUUCGGUAUCAUUUUCUUUGUAUACUGGUUUUCAGUCCAUUGAUACAUAUUGUUCAUUCUACUAGCCAAAUCUUAAAACAGAUUAAAUUUUCAAAACCAUCUAUUGGUACGUAACAAAUAAUGUGCAAAUUCAUAGGUUUCCUAACACAACAGCAGCUGACCUUGGGGAUUCAAACAUACUUUGAGCCAUAUGUUUAACCAGUUCAUGAGAGAUGUCUCCAUAAAAUUCUUUGCACAGCCUGAUUCUUAUCCUAUUAUUUUAAUGCUGUGCAGCCCUUGAGUGCUCAAAUGGUUUUGUAAUUGUUCAAACACCUUAAUAUGUACUUAUCAUUUUUACCCUUUUGUUCACAAAAAUUGGUUUUAAAACCAUAAGAGAAAAAUCUGUGAUGUAGUUAACAACAUUCAGUUUAAAAUCCUCUUUCAGUGAUCACUCAUGUCACAGAUGAAGAUGGGAAUGCCCUUAUUAUUGAAGAGACUAGCACCUCGUUAGUAGGAUCCAAUGAAAUAGAAGAAGAAGAGACCCACGUAGAGCAGGUAGUGUCCCAAUUUGGAAUUUUUGGUUUCAAACUUUUAAAGCAAAGAUGUUAUUUAAAAAGUUAGCUUUAGAUUAUCAACUGUCAGCUUAAUUAAUCACCCCUUUUUAAAAUAAAAUUAGAAAAUGUUUUAAAUUUCAAGCCUUAUGGCAAUGUAAACAAAUGAUCAAAAACCAAUAUGAACUGAUUUUAAAUUUAAUUAUCAAUACAGAACUGUGCAUAUCUAUAUUAUCUGACCCUUGCUUUUUUCUUAUAUCUUGUGUAAAAAUGGAAUGUGGAUUACAUCAAUUAAUUAACAAUUAUUCCAAUGUAUUCAAAGAAAACAUUUAGAUAUUUUGCUCCUUGAAAUGUAAACUUUGUAAUUGUAAAAGUUAUUUUUAUUAAUGAGAAUAGUGAAAACUUAUACAAAUUUAAACUGAGGAAAUGUCUAUUCUGAUUUUCAGCUUACAGAAGAACAUGUAGAGCAGGACGAAGGGGAAGGAAUCACAUUAGAAGAAGAGGAAGGAGAAGUUCAACUAGAUGAAGAAGAACAAGAAGCUGAGUGAGUUAAGGUAUAAAACAAAAAAAUGUUAAGCCUGUAAAUAAUGUUAUGCAUGUUAUUGAUUUUGAGAGGCUGAUUCAAUGGAUUAACUGACUGGGAUAUUUUCAGUUCAGAAAACCACUAGACUUGUACUAUGUACAGUUAUAUUAAUUAGUUGGUGUAAGCAAGUGAUGUAUAUUUCUACUAUUUGAAAUGAGUGUAGCGUCUUUGAUAAUUGACCAUGCAUGGUGAGAGGAAUGUGAAAUCAUAUAAAUGUUAUUUCAUUCAAGGGUAGAUAUUGGAAGUAUUUCCCCAAAAUAUUGGAAGUGUUAUUCAACAUCAAAAGUAAAUAGAGGAUAAGGUAGUUAUGUAAUUAUGUAAUCCAGAUCCAUUUUUGCAUGCUUUUUGAUGUCAACUUUGAAAUGUUUUUUGAGUGCUAAGUACAAUGCAAUAUUUUCUUGCUUUAAAGAGUGUUCAUGUGUUUGGUAAAAAAGAAGUCAGUAAAUCACUGUUGAUUUUAUCUGAUUAAUCAUUUAGAUUCAAUAGUUAUGUUGACUAUAACAAAGUGUAGGUAGUUUAAUUAGUUAAACUUGAUAUCCCUUGACCUUACAUUUUUUAAAUUCUUGAUGGUGUAGGGCAGGGGUCUUCAAACCUUUUAAACAACAGGCCUGAUUCAGUGUCCCUCAGACACAGUUGGGGGCUGAUAUGGAAAAAUAUAUGUACUUAAUCUAUGUUUGCUGCACAUAUCUCAUUUGCAGUGAAAAUAAAUGUGAAAAAACUAUAAAAUAUUUAAACUCAAGAAAAAAUAUAUCCUACACAACUAAUUAAAAUUUCAAAGGGAAGUAUAAGAUGAAUGUUGAGUUCAAUAUUUGUCACUGUUGACUACUAGGCUAGGCAGGCUGGAAUAAGGACCCCUGGUGGGCCAGAUGUAGCCUGCAGGCUGUAGUUUGAGGACCACUGAUGUAAAGGCUUUGGUUUAUUAAUAUUUAAGUCAAAGUUAAGUAGUGUUUAAACUUUAAAGGUAAUAUUUUAUUGAAUUUGAUUGCUUUAGUAACAUCUCCUUGAAGUCAUCAGGUAACAAAAUCUAAAUGUUUAUCAAUUAUUACGAGUGGAUUUGCAAUAGUAAAUGUAGUUUUCCAUGUGUAGUAGUAAAUAAUAAUAAUAAUAAUAAUAAAGUUUAUUUCAAAAACACGCUUCAUCCCCAAAGGCCCGAAGCGCGGUACAAAGUCAACAAAAAACAAAUCUAUAAUUUACCACAUUUAAAACAAACGCAACACUACAAAAACUAAUUACAAGCAUACAAUGUCAAAGUCUUUCUAGCCAUUUCAACCAUGAGCAACACAGCCAAUAUGCAUUAACUGGAAAAUAAGGUAGACAAUCAUCCCAGAAGGUGUUUGCGAAAUAGAUGUGUCUUUAAAUCGGUUUUAAUGGACUCCAGUGUCUGGUUGUUUCUGAGAUCGACAGGAAGGGCGUUCCAAAUUGUUGGACCAGCAAAUGCGAAAGUGCGCUUUCCGUAAGUCUCAAGGCAAACACGUGGUCUUUGAUGCAGAGCCACCACUGCAGAUGCUGGGAGGGUCUUGGAUACUUCAAUGGACUUAAAGUUGGGAUGUGGACAAAUUUUUAACAAUCUACUUUGAAUACAAGGGGUACAAAACUGAAAAGUGGCAGGGGUCUCCAAGUAACAUGCAAUGUCUAUGCUUAGAUGUGUCAUAAAUGUGGUGUUGAAUGUGAAGUAGUUUGGCAUGUUGGAGGAAAUGCCGCAGUAAAAUUGAGAUUAGGUAAAGGAAAAAUUUAGAAAGUUUUUGAUUUUUGUGAGUUUAUGUUUCCAAGACAUUGAAUUGUUUAUGACUAUUACUAUUACAUUAUCUUGAGUUAUCACAUUAUUUUGACCAAGCUGUAAAAAUAUUUGAUCACCUCUCAUUCGGUACCGGAAAUUAUUAUGAAACCAAUUUUUGUGUUUGUUCUAUUUUUCCAUUUGAACACAAUCUUCAUACUAAUUUCCAAAUACACCUAUCUUUUGAUGUCAUUAAAAGUUGGCAGACUGUGUCUGAUCUCAAUUAAUAAAGUGCUAAGUCUGGAUAAAAAAAAGUUAUUGGAUAUCAUUUGGUUGUCUGAUGCGGUUGGGUGGUGGUUUAUUGAAUUUCAUAAUAUUGAGGUUACUAUUUGAUGUUGAUAUAGGGAUGAUUUCUGAUGUUGCUUACCAUCAUCUAUCUUGGUAUGUCUGUCUGUAUGUUCUACCUGUGAUUGCAUGGGUUAAUCCUAUAAAAAUCUGUUUCCCUUAACAUUACACCAAUAUUACUGUCGGUACCGGUAUUUGUUCUGGAGCCAAUUCUUUCAUAAGCAGGUACCAUUUUUGGAUGGGAAAAGCUGACCCCCAUAAGAUAAUAUGCCAUUGCUAGAAAUCUGGUACCAAAGAAUAUCUUCAAUGAUAUAUAGCUGUGGCUUUGACAAAAUGGUGCCAUCUACUUGCAGUAUCUUUGUUUUAUGAGUGUGAAAAAAAUAAUUGUUAAAAUCCAAAUUUGUGAAACAUGACAUAAAAACUUAAUUGAAUUUUUCAAGGUGAUAAUAAAUCAAAUAAAUACUCAAAAUUAAGUACAAAUAUGUAUAAUAUUUAAAGUUUCUGGUAAUGUAUUUGAUGUGUAGCCAAGAUGUUUUUAAAAUUAAUCUUAUUUCUUUGACAUAUAAAAUCAAUCCAGUCAGUUAUCCAUUAUCAGUGAUAAUGAUAACAUGUUUUUAACCAAAAUUACAUUGCAUUUAUUCAUUCUUGGAAUACCUUUGUGAUGUGUUCAUUGUUUUCAAAUAAAAGGACUACCACAAAUUCCAGGCAUCAUUUAUCAUUAUGUUCUCUGUACUAGGAGAGAUACAACAUGCAACAUUUUUAUGGUCAUGAUCAUAGUGAAUAAAUGGAAUAAAGACAUUUAUUGUAUGCAGCAUUCCACCUGAUCUAAAC